AUGUGUAUACUCUCCGAUGCAGAAGUCUCCGUUGAAUGUUGGUCUAUGGGAAACAGCGAUGCCAGAAGAUUCGGCCCUGAGGAAGAUUCUGGUAAUAGCGAUAGCCAAAGCGAAGAAGAGGAGGAUAGCCAAAGCGGUGAGGAGGAAAAGGACAGUAGUGAGCCGGAAUGGGAUAAAGAUAGCUACGAUGGUCGCGAGUAUCACUCUGCUGAGAAAGAGGACACCGACGAGGAGGCUGAUUUAAAAUGGCGUCGUUACAAGCGCCAGCUCAUUGAGACCAAAGGUUUUUUUGUAGACCCCGAGAAUAAGCCACCUUAUUUUUCCAUGGGAAUCCUUCCGCUCGUUGAUCUUGACGAUCCAUUUUUGGAUGAUGAGGGCCCUACCACACGUGAAUUCUGUGCUGAUUUGGCAAUUCUAUGUCUCGACAAAUUCAACCAACAUCAGGGUUCAAGUGUUCAGAUGGAGCAAGUGUUGUGGGUGAACUAUUUCGGAGGGUCUAGACAGUAUUUUUACAUAACCUUUGUGGCCAAGGAGUUUGAGUCUCCUGAUGCACCUCUUGUAGAGUAUCAAGCUAAGGUGUUGAGACAUACUAUUGGAAAGACUUAUCCCAUCCUUUGCAGGCCAAGCCCUAACCCAACAUGGAUGAGGGAGAAGUUGAAAUUGAAGUAG